AGGUCGGCGACCAGGUCAUGGGCCUCACGUUCGAGAUGGAGCCCAAGACGCCGUUCGGCGGUUCGCUCGGCACACUCGCCGUCAUCGACAUCAACAGCUCGUGCAUCACGCGCAAGCCAGCCGCACUCGGCUGGAACGAGGCGGCCGGCCUCCCGCUCGUCGCCCUCACCGCCAAGACGACCCUGUCCGAGCCGCUCCUCCGCUUGCCGCCGACCCGCGACGCCGACGCUCAAGAGCCGCCAACUGUCGUCGUUCUCGGCGGGUCGUCCGGCGUCGGCCAGUGCUGUGUGCAGCUCGGCAAGGCGGCGGGCCUGCGCAUCGUCGCGACGUGCUCGGCGGCGUCUGAGCCCUUCGUGCGCUCGCUCGGCGCCGACGAGGUCAUCGACUACACGGCGGGCUCGGUCCUCGAGUCGCUGCGGGCCGUCCGCCCCGCCAAUGGCUUCGUCUCGAUCGUCGACUGCGUCGGCGGCACCGAGCUCCUCGACGCCCUCCCGUCGCUCCUCACGCCCAAGUCGCCCUCGUCGUUCCCGCACGGCGGGUCCUACACGACCAUCGUCGGCGACAAGACGGACCGCUCGACCAUGGGCGGCGCGUUCCUCCUCGGCGUCGACCGCACGAUGCGCGAGCGCCAAGACGCGAGCGACGCCGGCUCGCUCGCGUACCGCUACGCGUGCAUCCUCCUCGACAUGAACGCGGCGUGGCUGGACGACCUUGCGGCACAGGCGGCGAGCGGCGCGCUCAAGGUCUCGGUCGACUCGACGUUCGGGUUCGAGCGCGCGAGGGAGGCGUAUGAGCGUUUGGCGACGGGCCGGGCGAGGGGCAAGGUCGUCGUCGAGGUGCAGGACGCGUAGAGGUGCGGGCGAGAUGUACACGGGCCCGGUACUGUUGCGAGGUC